CUUUUCAUCAUUGGUGAUUUCCCUCUAAAGACUCAAGGGAAAUUAGUAGAAUAGGGUGGAACACUCAGGAUAAAGUUGAAUACCGCCUGUACUUGGAGAAAAUACUUGGCUUUCUAUUUGCUUUAGCUGGAACAGUAUGCCGACGCAGCUGGAGAAUGCGAUGGAUACCUUAAUCAAGAUCUUUCACCACUACUCGGCAAAGGAAGGGGAUAAAUAUAAACUCAAUAAAGGAGAACUCAAACAGCUCCUCACCAGCGAACUCACUGACUUCCUUUCGUGUCAAAAGGAUCCCCAGUUAGUUGACAAGAUUAUGAAGGAUCUUGAUAGCAAUAAAGACAAUGAAGUGGAUUUUAAUGAAUUUGUGGUUCUGGUUGCUGCGUUAACUGUCGCAUGCAAUGACUUCUUUGAGGAGCAAAUGAGGAAAAAGGGCAACUAGGAAAUGGUUGCCACGGACCUUCUAGACAUGGAAGAAAGUAGC